UAAGACUAACUGACAUCAUGCCGGGUAUAUCUCCAGUGAGAAGAAAUGUAAUGCAGCUCAACGCCGCAGAGAAGCGAGCCUUUGUCAACGCGCUGGACCAGGCCAAGCGCACGGUGCACCCGGAUCUCGUGAUCGCCACCCGGCGCCACGCCGAGAUCCUCGGGCCUGACGGCAACAGCACACGCUUCGAGAACAUCUCCAUCUACAACUACUUUGUGUGGAGCCAUUACUACUCCGUCGGCAAGACCUUCCUUGGCGCCGGCCAAGCCAGUUUCGGAGGCGUGGAUUUCUCCCACGAGGGUCCCGGGUUCGUCACUUGGCACCGGUACCACCUGCUCCAGCUGGAGAGAGACAUGCAAGACAUGCUACAAGAGCCCACGUUCGCCCUGCCCUACUGGAACUUUGCCAUCGGUGGCAGCACGUGCGACAUUUGCACAGAUGACCUGAUGGGAGCCCGGAGCAGCUUCGACGCCGACUCGCUCAGUCCCAACUCCGUCUUUUCUCAGUGGCGGGUCAUCUGCGAGAGCGUGGCCGACUAUGACACGCUGGGAACCAUCUGCAACAGCACCGAGACGUCUCCGAUAAGAAGGAACCCGGGAGGUAACGUCAACAGGCCGAUGGUCCAGCGUCUCCCGGAACCUCAGGAUGUGGCCGACUGUCUGCAAGUCAGCACUUUUGAUACGGCGCCGUUCUACUCCACUUCCUCGGAAAGCUUCAGAAACACCAUUGAAG